AUGGCAUCUGACAGCAUUCUGCGUAAUGCAAUCUUGAAAGCUACGGACGGAAAGCUACGGUCUGACAAUUGGCAGUAUAUCCUUGACGUGUGUGAUCUUGUCAAGGAAGAUCCUGAAGAUGGUGGUCCCACAGCCGUGAAAAUUGUUCAAGAACGACUAAGAGUAACAGACGCAAACGUUGUGCUGCGCACUUUGUCACUGGUGGUAUCUCUGGCUGAAAACUGUGGAUCUCGAUUGCAGCAGGCAAUAAGCUCGAAGACGUUCACGAAAGAGCUUUUUGGUCUGAUCGAAAGUAGCAAGGUCCAUUGGCUGGUGAAGAAAGAAGUGGCCAAAACAGUCUCGCAACUCAGCGACUCCUUCAAACGAGACCCUUCACUACGUGCAAUGCAGGACUUAUAUUUGAAAGUCAACUCGCAGGCUCCGGACCUGCUGGAGGAACAAAAUGUGCCACGUAAGACUGAGAUGACCGCACAAACCAAACGUAAUGAGGAGAAAGAGCUCGAGGAGGCCCUCAGGUUGUCAAUACUUGAGUACGAAAACUCCUCAAAAAGCGCAAAUGAAUCUCAACAGGCUGCACCGGAAACAGCCCGCCCGGCUGCUUCGAACAAUGCUCACAUAUCCUCCUCGACAGGCGUGAGGAAGGUAAGAGCUCUACACAACUUAACAGGGAGGGACUCUGAAGAGCUCUCAUUCAGAAAAGGCGACGUCAUAGCCGUCAUCGAGCAAGUUUACCGGGACUGGUGGAGGGGUAGUUUACGUGGACGGGUCGGUAUCUUCCCACUAAACUAUGUAACGCCUGUGGCAGAGAAAAGCCCCCGAGAACUAGAGAAGGCGCACGCAGAAGAAGAAGCCGUGCUGAAUCGUAUUGGGGACGUGGAUAAGCUGCACCAGCUGCUGAACUCCUCGAGACAAAAAUUGGAAAUUACGCAAGACCAAGAAGUAUCCGACCUUUACAGCUCAGUCACGCCUCUGCGACCACAAGUCACCAAGAUGCUAGGAGGUUAUGCUCAGAAAAAGGAGGAAUACACCUCUUUACGCAAAGUUCUGGCCGAUGCUGAGGCCUCUUACAGUCAGUUGCUCAGUCGCGCAAGUCAAGCCUACACGAGUCCACCAGCACAGAAUUCUCCACCGGAACAUAUGCGUAUGGCACAGCAAUGGCAAGGACAAACGAGACCACUCGAAAGCCAUCGUCAAACACAAGGGGGUAGCGAGUACGUACAUGCGCAGCCAUACCUAGCAGCAGAUAGCCGCCAGCAGCCAUAUCAACAGACUCCUGCCUCUCAUCAGCAGCAGCAUCGUCUUCAGCAAUACGAGCAGCAUCAACAAUAUCAGAAUCAACAAUAUCAGAGCCAAGUUCCUUACAGCCAUGAGCCGCCAGUGUCGCAACCUCAACGCUUUGCACCCUCUCAGCAAGGGCUCCGACCACAAAUCCCACGACAGAAUAUGGGAACGGCUUUUCAGACACCUAACUACGAGCCACCCUACCCCAUAAGUAGUCAAAGCACUGGAUUUGGACCCAGCUAG